AUGAGUACCCUAGGGAGACGACCACAAAGUGGAGAAGGAUCCAUGGCUGCCUACACUUCAGGACACAGUAUUGGAGAAAUGCAAGAACCAUGGCAAGAACAUCUUCGCGAGCGGGGUUCGUGGGGAGAAAUGGCAGGAGAAGAUGUAUAUGAAGAUGCGACUUCAGGAAAAAGGAAGGAAGAAAAAGAAGAGCUGGGGAAAAGUCAAAUUCUGCCUGCGCUUGAGGAGCUCCCCACCGCUGACUCGCCCGCCGAAAAUCCCGAUCCCCUUACGGAAGCCGUUGAAUCUUCCGAGUCUUGGAGUGAAUCUGAAUUUGAAGAUGAAAGAGCUACGCGCGUAAUAAAGAACGUUGGCCGAGAAUUAAGAGGAAAUGACAGAGAAAGGGAAUUUGCCGUUCCAAAAAGCAAAGCCAGGGGGGGUCAAUCUGUGCAUGCAUUUACAGACGAAAAGAAUAAGCAGGAAAUAGAAGAGAACCUUAGCCAAGUUGCUGCGCAGAAAUCUCGUCAAGGCGAGAGAGAUCCCAAUGCACCAACUAGCACCGCUGGUAUCUCCGAUCCCACACCGACGUCUAGAACACAGACAGGAACAGGCGAGAACAAAUUCUACGUCUACAAAGCACCGCACAAAGUAAUCUACACCAAGCCCUGGACGUGGCGCUUUCGCCGCGCAAAAUCCGCAGACGAAACAGAAAGUACAGCCGGAGAAGGCUACUACUAUGUGCACAAGAAGCGUCCUCCCCCCUCCUGGCUAUUCUGGAAGUGGACCUGGCAAGGACCAAAGCCCAUAUCCUGGAUUCCCAUCUACCCAUCCUAUUUCCCCGAGAAAGACGAUCCGGAGCUGAAAAUCUUCCUUGUGUAUAGUUGUGGACAUCGCUUUCCCACGCGCGUGAUAUCCGGUCCUGACUGGACCGCCUCCUCACCUUCAUUUCUCUUCUCGCCCUCCUCCCCCUUCACCCCCAACACACCCACGUAUCCGCGAGCCGCGAGCACAACCGGACACACGCACAUUUGUCCACUGCCCUCCUUCAGAACCGAGAUUCUACGAGCUGCGGCUCGCAACGAAGGAAUCAAGAACAUUGUCUCCCCCGAAAACUACGUGUGUCCCAAUUGUUUCCUGUGGCGGCAAUGGUUUGCCGGGCUCUGCUUGAUGACAUUCUUUUGGGGGGUCUUCACGUGGUACUUUGCGUUUGUGUGGCCGUAUACGUGGUGGGCUACGGACGAGAGAGGGGACCUGAUACCGAGAUAUACGAUGAUUACCAAAUUCGAUAUUCGUCGUGAACCAGAAGCAUUUAAUGUACGUCAGGCUAUAGGAGGGUUGGUAGUUGCGAUUUUUAUAUUUUUUGUCGAGAUACUUUGGCGGCCGGUGGUACUCUUCGGGAUUAUGUUUGUUUUGUACAAACGAUUCAAAAAGGCUUAA